AUGGUUGAGGGGAACGCCGGACUCCACCUGCAAAAUGCCCUGGCAGAGAGUCCGUCGCCUUAUCUUCGGGCGCACAAGGACAACCCGGUAGCAUGGCAAGAGUGGUCGGACGCCACUCUGGCGCUUGCUAAGCAGCAUCAACGAUUAAUCUUCCUGAGUAUCGGCUACCAUGCGUGCCAUUGGUGCCAUGUCAUGGAACAUGAAUCAUUCAGUUCUCCCGAAAUUGCCGAUCUGCUGAACGAGUUCUUCAUCCCGAUUAAGCUCGACAGAGAGACAAGGCCAGACCUCGAUGAUAUCUACAUGAGCUAUGUCACUGCAACGACAGGUUCCGGCGGCUGGCCGCUGAAUGUUUUUCUGACUCCCGAUCUGAAACCUGUCUUUGGAGGCACGUAUUGGCCCGGCCCAUCGCCAUCGAGCAGCGUCAAACAAGCCACACCGGCGGGAGACGACGCACCAGUGACUAUCAUUGACAUUUUGCACAAAAUGCGGGAUGUAUGGACGAAUCAGCGCGAGAAGUGUAUCCAGUCCUCAAUUGAUAUCACCAACCAAUUGCGAGCCUUUGCGGCCGAGGGGAUUCAUUCUCAGACCAAUACUCAGAGCCAGGGCAAUGAAUCGGAUACGGCUGAACCCCUGGAGAUCGAUCUCCUGGACGAUGCUCUCGAGCACUUCAUAUCCCGAUACGACUCGGUCCAUGGCGGCUUCAGCGCCUCUGUCACUGCGCCCAAAUUCCCUACCCCAUCGAACCUGACUUUCCUCCUUCGUAUUGGCGCCGCCAUUGCUCAACCUUCCACACACACGCGAUUUGGGUUCUUCAGCCCCGUGCCAGGCAUCUUAGGGACGCCGUCUUGCACAAAGGCUGCGUCCAUGUCACUGCACACUCUGCUCGCCAUGUCUCGAUCUGGGCUGCGGGAUCAGCUUGGGUAUGGCUUCCACAGAUACAGUGUCACCCCGGAUUGGAAUCUCCCUCAUUUCGAAAAGAUGAUGUGCGACAACGCCCAACUACUUGGCUGCUACUGCGAUGCAUGGGCACUUGGUCGCGAUCCGGAAAUCCUCGGCACCAUCUACAACCUGGUAGAGUACUUUACGAACUCGGACUCGCCGAUCGUGGCGCCUCAAGGAGGCUGGUACGCAAGUGAAGACGCCGACUCGAACCCCUCUUUGCCCAAGCUCGCCAACGGCGUUCCUGCAUCAGAAGACAAGAAGGAAGGCGCGUAUUACGUGUGGACGUACAAGGAGCUUCAGGCCAUUCUGGGCGAACGGGAUGCCGCGAUUGUCGCCCGCCACUUCGGCGUCAAGCUGGACGGCAACGUCCCCGCCGAGCAUGACAUCCACGACGAGUUCCUCACUCAGAACGUGCUGCACAUUGAAGCCACGCCAUCGGUUCUGGCGAAAGAGUUUGGCGUACCCGAAGAGGAGAUCGUCCAGAUCAUCAAGUCUGGGCGCACCAAACUGCUCGAGCACCGCAAGUCGAAACGCGAACAUCCCAGCAUCGACACCAAGAUUCUGGCGUCCUGGAACGGUCUUGCAAUUGCAGCGCUAUCUCGCGCUGCGAACACCCUCGCCACUAUCGACAAGACGCGCGCCCGCGCGUGCCAGGAAGCCGCGGAAAAGGCUGCCACGUUCAUCCGCAGGGAGAUGUACGACGAAUCUACCGGACGCCUGUCCCGCACGCCGGACUCCCAGGCCGCGUUCGUGGAUGACUACGCGUAUUUGAUCCUUGGACUGCUCUCGCUGUACGACCUGACGCUUGCGCAGCCGUACCUGGACUGGGCCAUCCAACUACAAAAGUACGUCGACGGGCACUUUGCGUCCACCACGGGCGGGUAUUUCCAGGCCGAGGCGUCCGCGGAGCAGAUCAUCAGGUUGAAGCCGGGCACGGACAACUCUCUCCCGUCGCCGAAUGGAAUUAUAUGUACCAAUCUGCUUUAUCUCGCGUCAUAUUGUCAGAGCGCCUCUCCAUCCACGGCCACGACAGCGGACGGACACAACUACCUCGGUAAAGCCAAGGGUAUCCUCGACGCUUUUGCCGUGGAGAUUAUCCAGCAUCCGUUCCUGUUCGUCAGCCUGCUGGCCUGUGUGGUCAUGCAAGAAGUCGGAGCGAAGACACUGAUUGCACCCAUGACUACGCGGGACAGCGAGUUACGCCGUCUCAAGGGCUGGGGCCGCACCGUUGUCAAGGGCCUCGUGCCGGAAGUCAUGAUAUGCACGAGAGAAGGCGUGUGCCGACCCUUGAAACAAAGUGACUUGGAAGACGUAGAUGACGAGCCUGAUGAAGGUGUUGUCGGCGCUUCGGUGGACACGACGUCGAAAUCUUAA